AUGGAGUACGGUUCGAACUGGGAUUACUACACACUGAUCAAUGAGCUGACUCAAGGGAUGGAGCAAGCGAAGCAGCUCAGGGUUCGCUUGAGCUCAGCUUCCACAGAGACUCAGGAGUUGCUCUUGCAGAGAAUUUUGUCUUCUUAUGAGAAAGCUCUGCUGAUCCUCAAGUGGAAUGGAACAGUAGGACAAUCUGCAGUGAGUAAGCAGCAGCAACAACAACAACCACAAGCAUCCGGUGCACCUGAAUCGUCAUCUGUUUCAGUCGAUUGCAGCCCGAGAAAUGAGAAUCAGAAAGACUAUCAAGAUGUAUCCAAGAAGAGAAAGACACAGCCCACCUGGACAGAACAAGUAAGAGUUAAUCCUGAAAGUGGACUCGAAGGACCUUCUGAUGAUAAUUACAGUUGGAGGAAGUAUGGGCAGAAGGACAUCUUGGGAGCAAAGUAUCCCAGAAGUUAUUACAGAUGCACAUAUCGUCAUCUUCGCAACUGUUGGGCAACAAAGCAAGUCCAAAGGUCUGAUGAUGACCCUACUGUAUUUGAGAUUACAUAUAGAGGGAUACAUGUAUGCAACCCAUCCAUGAACAACAACAAUUCAGUACCACAACCACAACAACAGCCACAACCACCAUCAUCACCAGAAAAGCAAGAAAUGAAACACACCUAUAAUUACAAUACUAAUCAACAACAGCCCAAUGAGAUGUUAAUGAACUUUCGGACGAAUUUAAGAGUUAAAACAGGGGAGUCAUCAGAAAGUAACGACACAAGGUCACCUUUCUCUUUUGCCUCAACAUACCAGCAGAUGGAUGGUGAAAGUCAGAUAUUCCCUGUUUCCACCAUCGUUGAAGACAGCAUCUUGGGCGUUGGUUAUUCGCCAUCCUUCAUUUCACCAGCCACAUCAGGAUCAAACUACUUCUCGCUAUCACCCUACCAAAUCAUCAACAACCAAGGAACAAAUCAUACUGACUCUGAUCUCACCGAGAUCCUCUCUGCAACUGCAUCUGCAACCAAUUCGCCUAUCGCAGGCUUGGAUUUUUCAUAUGACUCUGUUGAGCUGGACCCUAACUUUAACUUCAGUGCAUCAGGAUUUUUCCAGUGA